AUGUUCAGAAACAUGGCCGGAAAAACGCCUCUUGUUGUUCCUGCCCUCAAGAGGCACACUGCGACUGUUAUCGUUGCUCACGGGAUGGGCGACUCAGGUGCAGGAUGGAUCUUCCUCGCAGAGAACUGGCGUCGACGCAGCAAGUUUGAGGAAGUCUCGUUCGUCUUUCCAAAUGCGCCUAACAUUCCCAUUACCCUGAACAUGGGCAUGAGCAUGCCAGCGUGGUACGACGUCAAGUCUCUCGGCAACCUCAACGAACGCGAAGAAGACGAAGCCGGCAUAAUCAGGUCCCGCGACUACAUCCACUCUCUUAUCGACCAGGAAGUUGCAAAGGGCAUCCCCGCGAACCGAAUCGUUAUCGGUGGCUUCUCACAAGGAGGUGCUAUAUCCCUAGUGUCGGGCGUCACAUACAAGAACCAGUUGGGGGGCAUCUUUGGUCUCAGCUGCUACCUGUUGCUGCAAAAGAAGCUCAAGGACAUGAUCCCCACCGAGAACCCCAAUAAGAACACACCCAUUUUCAUGGGCCACGGCGAUGCGGAUCAAGUCGUUGCGUACAAGUACGGCAAGCUGAGCGCUGACGAGCUCACUUCGCAUGGUUACAAGGUCGAUUUCAGGACAUAUAAGGGCCUUGUGCAUUCGGCUGACGCCGAUGAGAUCGACCACCUCGAGGCCUACCUCAAGCAGCAGAUACCCGCUCUUGGCGAUGUCAAGUCCGAUACCUCUCUUUGA